ACAAGUCAAAGACAAGCCCGUUGAUUGAUUCUUCUUCUCACGCACACGCACACGCACACGCACAAAACUAACACCAUGGCCGACGAAGAAGUGAACCUGUACGACGAAAUCGAAAUCGAAGACUGUUUCUAUGACGAGGCGCUCCAAAUCUACCACCACCCAUGUCCCUGCGGUGACCGUUUCGAGAUAUCCAUUUUCGACAUGCGCGACGGCGAGGAUAUUGCGCGCUGCCCUAGCUGCAGUCUGAUGAUUCGCAUCAUAUUCGACCCGUCGGACCUCCCGCCUGAAAAGGACGAUGCGCCGCAAACGGUUGCUAUUACUGCCUAGACUCGUAUACCAUUUACUUUUGCACUGCGGCGUUGCAUAUCACAGGCGUUGGAAGAGACUGUCGGCUGAAUUAUACCAUUAUUUUCGUGACUAGCCUUCGUGACUAGCAUGAGUCUGAGUGCAUCCUUGAAGUGGACUACCAUGUGCCUACUCUAUCCUGCUGGGUAGAGUCUGCGUAUCAGCGCGGAACCUCGUCGUCGACACUGACGUCAACGCCCAGCUCUUUCCUGAUGAUUUCCGUCAGGGAGCUUCCAUCUCUCAUGUAUACCCAGUCUCCAACGCCACCACCUUCCUUGAAGUCCAUACCCUCCUGUGCGACGACCCAAUCGAACCGCUUAGGUCCGGAUAUCGGGGAGCUGAGCCAGAUUUGCUUGUUCGGGGGCUGCUUGUUGAGGACGAAGGUGUUCUGUUGCGAUGUGACUUCGAGGACGCCGGCCUAGUCCAUGUUAGCAAUGGCAGCCAGCAUGUAUGUAGCAAAGAAGAAAUGCAUACACUGUAGUC